GGGAAUAAAAUCAGCAGUGUUGAUAUUACAAAAUGACAAAACAUCCUCCGAAUAGAAGAGGGAUCAACUUUGAGGUGGGAGCCCAGUUGGAAGCCCGUGACAGAUUAAAAAACUGGUAUCCAGCUCACAUUGAAGAAAUUGAUUACGAAGAAGGAAAAGUACUUAUCCAUUUCAAACGCUGGAACCAUAGAUAUGAUGAAUGGUUUUGUUGGGACAGUCCGUAUUUACGUCCUUUAGAGAAGAUACAGUUAAGAAAAGAAGGAUUACAUGAGGAAGAAGGUUGUGCAGGAUUUCAUAUAAAUGAUCAGGUAUUGGCAUGCUGGUCUGACUGUCGCUUCUAUCCAGCCAAAGUUACUUCUGUUAACAAAGAUGGUACAUAUACUGUGAAGUUUUAUGAUGGUGUAGUUCAGACUGUCAAAAACAUUCAUGUCAAAGCUUUUUCCAAAGAUCAGAAUAUUGUGGGUAAUGCUAAGCCUAAGGAAAGAGGUAAUGAAAUUCUGUCAUCUUCUGAAAAGCGGGAGAAAUUUAAAGAACAGAGGAAAGCAACAAGUAAUGCAAAGAAAGACGAGGAUGAAAAGACAUUAAAGACUGAGAAAAGAGUUAAGCAGCCUGAUAAAGAAGGAAAAUUGAUAGUCAUCUCAGAAAAAGGCAAGGUCUCGGAAAAGAAUAUAGCUAAGAAUGGAAAAGAAGAUAAAGAGAAUAUAUCAGAGAAUGAUAUGGAAUAUUCAGUAGAUACACAAGUUGAGAAGAAGCCUGAGAAUGACAAUGUAAAGACUCCGCAGGAAAACGUGAAAGAAACAAAACGAAAACGUGGAAGACCGCCGAUAACACCCCCAGCCGGUACGUAGCUAAAUUCUCAGACGCUGCAGCCCAUAACUUUGGAGUUAAGACGUCGGAAAAUACCUAAAGGAGGUGAAGUUCCAUCAAAGCGUCCCAGGAUCGAAAAAAACUUGUCUCAGGAAAAAUGGAAGAACUCUUCAGAUAACCCUGAAAGAGACCAGAUCAGGAGACGAUCGUCAAGACUCUCAUCCGGUAUUAGCCAUGAGAUUUUAAAUAGCGAUCAUGUCACAGCCUCAGCGGAAGUUCUGCCUUUGAAAGAUGCAGUAUCUAACCAAAAGGAAUCUGAGAAGGUCCAGUUAGAAAUUCCUGUUGAAUCUGACCAAAGUUUCAGUGAAGAAGGAUCCCCUGGAAACGCAUCACAUAGCACAGUGCUCAGUACAGAUGCCAGUCUGCAGGAAGAAAAAGUUGAAGACACGGAGUCUUCCUCUGUUACUGUCAGAACUAAAGAACCUUCUGCUGCUACAGUAACAAAACCUUGUAGGAGAGCAGAUUUUCUUGCAUCAAAAAAAGCUGCAACUGUUGACCAAGAUCACCAGUUUAGAUGCAAGUUCUUGGACUGUUCAAAAUCCUUCCGCAAAGCCAAGUUAUUGCAUUAUCACAUGAAAUACUUUCAUGGAGUGGAGAAGGCUGCAGAAUCACAGCAGAACCCUGUAAAAAGAAAUAUUCAAACCAGAGCUUCUUUGGCUUCUGAAAAAGCUAAUCAAGAAAGGUCAAAAAGAGGACAGACCACGGCUGGUUCAUUGUCUGCUAAAGAACAUGAGAAGAACAAAGAAAGAAAAUCCAAAAACUAUGGAAGGUCCAAGUCAAAGAAAAAGAAAAAAAAGAAAAAGAGACCUAAGCCGGACUACUCUGGCAGUGAAGAAAACACAGAUGUUUCGCAGGAGUUUUCUCCUGAAAAAUCAGUUGUCACAAAAUGUGUUUCUUCAGAUAACUCAUCUGCCCAGCCAGGCACACUGCUACACUGCUCUGAUUCGGGACAGCACCGAGGAAAAUCACAAACAAAUGAGGAUGACACCCUGAGUGAAUCGUCUAUGGAUAGCUUGCUUUGGAGCGAUGACGACGGCAGUCAGGAUGUUGAUGUAACCAUGAACCCUGAUGAAGAAGUUGAAGAAAGUGAUUUUGAGAUUGUUCGGUGUGUUUGUGAAGUAAAAGAAGAAAAUGACUUCAUGAUUCAGUGUGAAGAAUGUCUGUGCUGGCAGCAUGGCGUCUGUAUGGGUUUACUGGAAGAUAAUGUACCUGAGAAAUAUACCUGCUAUGUUUGCCAAGAUCCUCCAGGUCAGAGGUCCAGCUUAAAGUACUGGUAUGAGAAGGAGUGGUUAAGUAAUGGUCACAUGCACGGCUUAGCAUUUUUGGAAGAAAAUUAUUCCCACCAGAAUGCCAAGAAGAUAGUAGCCACUCACCAGCUUCUUGGCGAUGUACAGAGAGUGAUAGAAGUACUGCAUGGACUGCAGCUGAAGAUGAGCAUAUUACAAAAUAAAGAACAUCCUGACCUAAAGCUUUGGUGCCAUCCAUGGAAGCACAUUACGGUGGAUGAAAAGAUUCAUACAAAACACAUCAUUCACAUUGAGGAAAACUGUUGCCAAGAGGAGGCGGCAAGUUAUAGAACUUGGAAUGGGACAGUUGAGAAACCCUCAGCCAUGCCUUCUGUGGAGGAAUCUUACAUUACAAGUGAACACUGUUACCAGAAGCCGCGGGCCUACUACCCUGCGAUAGAGCAGAGAUUGGUUGUGGAAACAAGAGGUUCAGCCGUGGAUGACGGAGUAAAUAGAAUAAGGGAAAACGGGGAUGAUGGCCUGUCCGAGAGAUUUGGCUGGAAUCUGGACCGAGAAAUAUGUAAGAUGGAAAAUGAAUCCAAACACAAUUACUCUAAGGUAAGAGAGUCUGUCUCUAAGAAAGUCUCUCCAGAGGAAGCUAUUGAAAUGAAAUUGCUGGAAAAAGACAAAGAAGGAGUUGUGAACUCGCAGCUGCAGUGGCAGCUGAAUCUGUUAGCUCACGUGGAGUCUCUGCAAGAUGAAGUCAUACACAGAAUGGAUUGCAUUGAGAAGGAGCUAGAUGUUUUGGAGAGCUGGCUGGAUUAUACAGGAGAGCUGGAACCACCAGAACCACUAGCUCGACUCCCCCAACUCAAACAUUGUAUAAAGCAGCUUAUAACGGACCUAGGCAAAGUGCAACAGAUAGCACUUUGCUGUUCGACGUGAGACUGGAAGCUGUGGGAGGCUGUUGCUGAGCGCAAAGUUGGAGCGUCUGAUGUGAACAGCUCUGUGUUUCAGUGAAAUUAGCAUGCUGGUUGCAUGUGAUGCAGACUGACUUCAGGGACUUGUGAGGAAGUGCUGUUCAAAGAACAGCAAAAAGGUUAUUU